AUCGGCAAAGCGCGCCAGUCCAGGAUGGACGCCCUUCUGGCGUGGCGCCUAGCUGGUGAGCGGCCACGCCGGCCGCGCUGCUGCCGCGGGCGCGGCCAAAGCGCCGAGAGCGCCGCACGGCCGAUGGAGCUACUUUUCUCUCCUCGGACGAAAUUAACCAGAGCUGAACUGGCGCAAGGCACGCAUGGAGAACCGGACACCUCCCCCGGCCGAGGCGUGCGGGCCACGCCGGUUUUGGGUUCUGCACCGUGGCACACGGGGCUAACGGCCAGGACUAGCCUGGCCGCUUUAUAUGCCCCGCCAUUGCCGUCCACCUCCACCCUCGCACAUCGAUCGAUCUCCAUCCCGCACCCCCUUUUGGUGGGAGGUUAAUUCUUGGAUCCGUAGUAACAAACGCCGGUCGUAGCCCAUCUACCUGGUCGCGAGGAUGACGCCGGCGAGCAUGGUUGGCAUGCCCAAGAGCCCCCGGUCUAUGGCGUUCUCGGCAGCUGCCGCGCCGUUCGGGGAGCGGAGGAAGGCCCGGUUCUGCGUCGCGGCGUCCGGCAGGGACGAACAGCAUCAGCCGGCGCUACCGUCGAUGGCUGCCGUGCCGGCGUCGCUGCGCGCGAUCCAGGCCAAGAGGAAGAUGGCGGCGGCGCGCGGGGUGCCGCGGGCGACGAGCGCGGCCGGGUGCGCGGUGGCGGCACUGGCCGCGGCCGUGGAGGCGGUGCAGGGCGCGGCGGUCGGCGGAGCCUCGGGCGCCGCGCGCGGUGCCGGGGACGCCGUGGCCUGGGUCUUCCAGAAGGUGCACUUCGAGUCUCCCGACCUCGCCGUGGGCCUGCUCGGCCUCGUCGCGUCAUGCCUCGGCACGGCCGUGGAGAUGGAGAUGGAGCGGAUGAGGGCCAGGGAGGCCGAGGCGUCGGCCAGAAAGACGGAACCCGUUGCCAGUGCCGCCGACGCCCAGGACGAUGACCACUGCGACGACGCGGAGGAGGCCGACGAUGUGCCAAUGCUGGUGGGGCUGGACGUGGAGAAGGAGCUCUGGGCCAGGAUCGGCAUCCAGCAUGGCGACGACGACGAUAACAUGCCGCCGAUGGGCGUGGACGAGGACGAGCAGGAGGCCAUCAACAUCGCCCGCGCCGAGCUGCGCAAGGCCUCGUACGAGCGGAUCAUCGCCACCUCAGAGGCCAACUCGCUCAUCCUCUCCAACUACGCGCAGCUCCUCUACGAGUUCGACAAGGAUCUCGACAGGGCUGAGGACUACUUCAAGCGUGCCGUGGCCAUCGAGCCGCCUGACGGCGAGGCGAUGCGGAGAUACGGCAUGUUCCUCUGGCAAGCCCGCGGCGACCUCGUCGGCGCAGAGGACAUGUUCACCGGCGCCAUCGACGAGGAUCCGGACAGCAGCCACCACCGGAGCAGCUACGCGUGGUUCCUCUGGAUGACCGGCGGCGUUGAGACCUGCGUCAUCGACUCCGGCAGCAACAACGGCCCCGAGUGAAAAACAAAUCGUCGCAACAACGCUGCCGCAAUCUUAAGCCAAAGACAGUUAAAGACCGACCUCACCGGCAGGAGCCCGGCGAGGCUACCGGCCAUUUUAGAUGGUGCAUCUAGGUAAUAUAUUGCGCACUGUCCGUAAGUAGCAUCGGCCCUUGUAGGGGCCAUGCUACACUACUACGGUGCGCGCGCGAGCAUGACAGGACGAGCCAACCCAGCAGGAGGAGGCAAAUAAUGUUGGCAAGCUGGCGCACAUAGUAUACUAGGGUGUGAUUGAUAACUUCAUGUGUAAAUUGGAAUAAAGCAUGCAUGCGUCAUCCAGGUCAGUCAUUAUCAGAUGGCAUGCUUUGCUGAAUUGUGAACGAUAUAUAUACAUAAAAGGAAAAAUAUGGGAAGCAUGAGAAUCUUCCUUUGGUGGUA